AUGAUUGAUCUGGCUUCGAUUUACUAUGGCCUCUUCCUAGGUGUCUUCGUCUUUGCCUUCUCAAAGGCCAUAUCACAAACGAGAGCAAUCUGGAAACGCACUCGCAGCCUUCAUAAUGCCUACGUAUAUAUGAUCUGGAUCGAGAUAUGGGUCAAUUUUGUAUUUGCCUUGAUUACAUUUCUUUACCUCAAUGCCAUCAUACCCGGAAACCUUGGAUUUCUCCUUGCCACUGUUGCUCUCUGGUCCAUUCAGACACAGCUCCUACCCCAGAUCAUUGCCAACCGAGUCGCCUUGAUUAUGACCAACAGACGCCGAGCGAAGUACUUGAAAUGGGGCCUCGUACUCUGUAUUGGAGUUGUCAACAUCGCCGUCUGCUACAUCUGGACGGUCGCGCAUCUCAACACGGCCACAGAAUCCCAGAAAUAUACCAAUAUGGUGUUUGAGAAGGCAGAAAAGUCCUUCUUCCUUAUAAUCGACUUGGCACUUAACCUGUACUUCCUAUAUCUGGUCCGGUACCGCUUAAUUGCCGAUGGAUUGGGCAAAUACUGGAGACUAUUUAACUUCAAUGCUGGCAUGGUCUUUAUCUCGACAUCCAUGGAUGUCUUGCUGCUAGGUUUCUUGAGCUUGCCAGAUCCUUACUUAUACGUCCAGUUCGCCCCUCUCGCAUACAUGGUCAAGCUCUAUAUUGAGCUUAUGAUGGCCAACCUCAUCUCUAAAGUCGUCAAGAGCGGCACGCACAGUCGAAGUGAAGGCUGGUACUCUAGUAGCAGAGACAAGUCUAACCCGACCGCCUACGGUCUGACCUCUCGUGUCGUUGUGAGCAGCGGCCCUGCUGCACCCAGGAGUGGUAACAGCCUCAUGAGCAGGAUGGGCAAGGAGCCAGAAACUAAUAAGGGCAACAAUGGGUCUCAGGCACAUCUAGCUACUUAUCCAGAGCCUCAUGGAAUCACAAAGACAGUUGAGACUACAGUCGUGGUGGGUGAUGGAGAGAGCGAUAGUACCUCAUCCAAGGAAAGUAUAUAGAGUAACUGGUUAACUAAUAAUGGGAUAACAGAAAACUUCUUCAACCUAGUGAAGGACUAAUAAUGUUAUCUAUGACUUUAAU